AUGGCCAAUUCGCCACAUCUUCUGGGGUAUUCGAGGAUGGGAAUGGAGCUGACCAAGGGGGAGGUGGGUUGGAGAGAACAGUCUGAUUUUGGGACGGGGUUCGAAGGGGAGAGAGGUAUAUUGCUCGGUCUUUGGCACCACAACGAAGUACUCGACCGCUCACCAGCCUAUCUCUCAUCGCCAAUAUUUUCUCCAACUUCGUCCACAUUCUCCUUUGCCACCUGUGGUACACAACCUCUGCGCUAUCUUCUAGCACCAUAA